GUGACGGUGGAGCACAACGAGGAGAAGUAUGGAGCGAGUAACGGGACGGGGCUCGGACCAGGAGCUGUGAGUGUUUGCAACGCUGCAGGUCUGCGGAGGACGCUUCAGGCUGAGGAGCUGCUUUGCGGUGGAACAAGUGAGUCGCAGUGAGAGAGCGGAGCCGCAGAAAGUGUUUGCGGCGAGAAGCGAUGCAAACUCGCCCCAGCCACCUCAGUUUUUUUUUUUUUUUCUUUGACAAAGAAACAUAAAAGGAGUAAAACACGAGUUCCUUCCUUCCUUCCUGCUGCUUCGACGCGCAGGUUUGUGCGCUGAAAGUAGCUGCUGGUUUCCUGGUUCCUCUGCAGACCUGCCAGCUGAACUUCACACCUAGAUCACACCGUGCCAUGUUGGUCCGGUCCACAUGUCACAGUCUGGACGCGGAAUGACAACACCGAGGGCUCUACAGGACUGGUGCCGCGUCAUGUGCGCCAGCUACCCCAACGUGGACAUCAGGGACAUGUCAACCUCAUUCAGAGACGGACUUGCGUUCUGUGCCAUCAUCCACAGACACCGGCCUGACCUGAUAGAUUUCAGUUCCCUCUCCAAAGACAAUGUCAUUGAUAACAACAAACUGGCAUUUGAGGUUGCAGAAACAAAGCUGGGGAUCCCUGCCCUGCUCGAUCCAAAAGACAUGGUUUCCACCAAAGUGCCUGAUUGUUUAGGCGUCAUCACCUACCUUUCUCACUACUACGUCUACUUCAGCAAGAAGGCUGGUGGUCCUUCCAGGUUGUCGUCAUCACCCGUCGCUGUCUUAAACAAUCUCACAAAGAGUAGAAGCUCUGAUGGUCUGAAACGCCUGAAGAGCCUGACUGAUCUGGAAACCAGUCGAGAGGAUCAUUUUUCUGACACGAGACCACGAACAGUGUGUAGUUUAUGUUUCAAGCCUGUGCACCUCAUACAGAGACUUUUAACAGAUGGAAAAGUUUACCAUCGCGCCUGUUUCAGGUGCAAAGUGUGCCACAGCAGCCUUCUACCAGACUCCUACACGUGGGAAAGUGAUACCGGCUCCCUGAUCUGCAAGUACCACAUAACAGACAGUAAAAGUGCUCACGUCAGCCCCAAUCAGCAAACUGGAUCCACUGAUAAUCAGCCCGAGCGUAAGUUUCAGGGAGGUUAUUUUUCUCUGGCUGGAUUAGCCAUCACCAGCGUCCCGACUUAUACCAAGAAACAAGAGUCGCAGGUCAGACAGGUUUGUAAAACGCCAGAAACAGAUGAUGGGGAACGGCGGGAGAAGAGCCGAGAGAUUAAAGACGGAGAAAAGUCAUCCGUUGAACCUUCCCGUCUUCCUCAACCCGGUGUUAAAGAAGACAGGGAAGUAAAGCAGAAGACCCCCGAGCUCUCUUCACCCGGCGGUCGUCCUGUUCCGGCCCCCAGACGAAUGCUGGACUCCUCCGUCGUCCCGGUUCCUGCACCCAGGAUCAAAACAUCCCAGACCGCGAUCAGCUCCCCUGCUGAAGCCAGUUCAUCAAGUCCAAGUAAAUCUCCACCGACGUCGUCUCACAUAAACAGCCCUAAAGUGCAAACCAACCACCCCUGGAUGACCAUCGUGCAUCCUGGACCUUGGACACAGCUGCCUCCAGCUCCAGCUCCUGUCCCUGCUCCUCGAUCCAAAUCCGUCUCCAACCUGCGGGUGUCGUGGAAUCGACCCAAAAUGCUUCCUUCAAAUCCGUUUGAAGAGGAAGAGGAGGAGGAGGAGGAGGACACUCAGCCUCAACGUGAAUCUGCAGAGCAAGCUAAGCUCUCAGCGGCAGCAGUCCAUUCAGAGAACGGUGGGAACACAGAUGCAGAAAAUUGUGCCGUUAAAUCAGAGGAGAAGAAAGUGAAACCAGAUUUGAAAGAGGUUGGUGGCGACGCAGCUCCUGUCUCAGCAAAGGAAGUGACUGUGGUUAUUAACAAAGUGAAAGCUUCUAGUGAACCAGCCGGAGAUGCUCGUCAGAUUGGUUCAUCGGGUGAGACUGAAGCAGCACCAACACAGAGCCACGUUUUCCCCAGAAGUCUUUCUGUACCAGCGAUCACAUCCGACCACCCUCAGACUCGCUCCGGGCCUGUUGGUCCGAAAGAGGCAAACGAAGCAUCAGAGCAAAAUAAGCCAGCCUGCAAAGAGAAUCCUUUCGAUCGACAACCUGCACUGACCAAAUCAAAGACUUUUCAGGAGCUCUCAUCCAGUCGCGGUCCUGCUCCCGGACACGGCUUCCCGCUCAUCAAGCGGAAGGUGCAGACAGACCAGUGUGUUCCUACGGAGGACUUGCAGGUGCAGAUGAGAGAUGUGGAUCAACAUCUGGAAGCGCUGGAACAAAGAGGGGUUGAGCUGGAGAGGAAUCUGAGGGAGUCCAAGAAAGACAAAGAGGAGGAACACAUGCUAACGGAGUGGUUCUGUCUCGUCCAGGAGCGCCAUGUUCUGACGUGCCGUAAUACAGAACUGGUUUAUCUGACAAAGCAGCAGAAGUUAGAGGACAGACAAGCAGAUGUGGAGUACGAGCUCCGAUGUCUCCUCAACAAACCUGAGUGCGACUGGACUCAGGAGGAUCGAGGUCGAGAGCAGCAGCUGAUGAGCGAGCUGGUGGCCAUCAUCGAACAGAGGAACCAGAUCAUCAGCUGCUUGGAUCAGGACAGGCAGAGGGAAAGAGAAGAAGAUCUGCUUUGGGAAGGCAUGAAGAAGAAUAAAUACUCCCAGAAGGAAGGACUGAAAGAGCUCAAGAAGGCAAAAGGAAAGUUUAAUCCCACUAAAGUAUUCAAAAUGCUGAACCAUAAAACAGAGAGCAGCAAAGACUCCACGGACAAAAAAAACUGAAGAACUGUCA